AUGUAUGAGAUCAAAACAAAAUGUGUUACAACAUCAAUCUUCUUGUUAGCCAAUAGCCAACCAAUAGCCACACCAACAAAUAACAAUUGGAAGAAGAUUGCUGUGAGGCCUAGAGUGGAGUUUAGCAACACCGAGUGCAUUGUUACCGACAGGUCGUAUAUCUACUUCGAAACAUGCAGAAUAAAGGCGAUUAAUCGCACUUACAAAUACUUUUCAAUGCGUGCAAAAUUUCCUAGACAUGAGCCUGUUCACAAUAUUUCGAUGACUUUUGCUUUGCUACGAAAAGCUAACGGUUAUAAGCCUUUUUUAUAUAAUUUCACUGUCGACGCAUGUAAAUAUAUCAAGAAGCGUAAUAAUCCCGUUAUUAAAUACUUUCAUAGCUGGUUCGAGAAAUACUCUACCAUAAAUAGAACUUGUCCAUAUGGGCCGCAAGAUGAAAUCGUUGAUAAAUUGCCUAUAAGUUACAUUAACCAUGUGGCAACCGAAAUUCUACCUUUACCAAACGGUGAAUAUGUUUUUCAUACAAGUUGGUUUUUUUACCAGACAAAGGUGGCCAUUGUUAAGCUAUUUUUUCAAAUUCUAUAG